AGUCGAGUUUUGAUCGCUUGAGGGGAUGACGUGUUGUCACUCGACAAAAUAACGUGAACGCGUGUUCGUCUUAUCCGCAAUAAUUUAUGUGGAAAAAACUACUACAAAUAACUAAAGUGCCACAAUAAAGUGUAUCAGUGAUUAAUUAACAAGGUUAUCGUACAAUAACUGUGAUUUUUAUACCGAAAGUGAUAUUUUUAGACGGGGUAUAUUCUUAUGAUGCGUGUUCUGUAGGACUGUAGUUAUGUUGACUGGGUUGUGUGAUUAAUAUUUUUAAUUGGUACCAUGGCGUUAGUUAAUUUCAGCUUGUGUUUAUUUGUUUUCCUGCACCAUCUCUCUACGGUAUAUAUGUACGAAGCCAUGUCAGAAUCUGUUGUCAGCCACACAGAUCCAAAGCCCGAGGAUGCCGAAGUGCGAUGUUACUGCAACACGGCGCAGUGCGUGGGGACAGGGUACAUGUGUCUGUCCACGCCGGGCGGCGGCUGCUAUAGCGAGGUUCCUGCGCCGCGCCGGCCUCACCACGCUCGCCACGGCUGCCUGCAUCAUCUAGCUGACACGCCACAAGAAGCCCGGGCGCACUGUCAGAACACCCCCGGUGGCAGUCCGGCCCUGGCGCCCUCGCUGCUUCUCUGCUGCUUCCAGGACCUGUGCAACCACGAGGACAGCCCGCAGGCCAGGGCGCGCCUCAACGUCACCAGCUCUGAAUUUGAUGCGAACUCCGUCGCGAGCGAACGUGGCGCUAACUUCAAUGGGGAGGUGUGGUUCAAAGCUGCGACUAUAGCCGUGCCUGUGUGUGGGGCGCUCAUUCUCUUUAUUCUCGUGGCCGUUGCUGUACGGCUUUUGAAGGCUGAUGCAUUGUUACACGCAGAUAGGAAGCUAAGGGGUGGCUACAUGUCUCCGCUAGCUCAAAACACAUCAGAAGACGUCAAAAAAGUGUGGGUGGGUACCCCUUCAGCUCCUCUACUGGUGGCCCCGGGGGGUUGCCUGGUGGCUGUGGAGAGGGCUCAACUAGUGGACGUACCCCCCUCCCAACAGCUCUGCGAUAUCCAACGGUAGACUGUGACUGAAGUGAGCGAGAAAUCUCUUUGGCGGGGUGCAUCUUGGGGUGAACGUUAGAGGGUUAGGUCUUUGAAAUUUUCUAUUUUUUGGAGAUGCACAAUAAAGAGGAAAAUGGUGAAGUCAUCAGACGUGUGUGUGUAUGUAGACUUUUAGAAGGACAAUAUUUUAUUUCAUUACUUUUAAAAGACCAAACCAAAAACUCGACUGAUAAAUUACGAAGUUUCUAUAAUUUGAUUGGCAUAUUUUGUCUUUUCUUACCUUUUAAAAUCUAGAAUCAACUUUUUGCCAUCAGCUAAAAUAAUGAAAUUGAAUUUACAAUGAAAUCCCAGUGCUACUAUCAGUUCUAAGUCUCAUGAAAUUAUAAAAAUAACCAAAACUGAAUCUUCUUCGAAAAUUGAUCUCAAAUUUAUUUCCAAACUUCACUCCAGGUGGCGCCACGCGGUAUACCAAAUCUACCAUUCUGUAUAUUUAAUUGUAAUCUAGUGUAAGAGCUUGUGUUCCUUAUCUUUUGUAUGUACACUUUUCAUUAUAUCCUUUUUGUCGUACUUUUACCGAAAUUUCAGUUUAGUUACCACAAAAUCCCUUUUCAGGGACAUGAAACAUCUGUCCAAUUAAGGGAAUGAUGCUAAACUUAAUCACUUAAUUUAAACUGAAUACUUUUACAUGUCCUUUUUUCUACAUUUAAAGUUUCAUAUCCUAAAUACUUACACUUUCAAUCACAAUUUGUUAGAUUUAUAAUAUAAUGUGUAGAUAUGUUAAUAAAAUUUAAAGCGUGAUUUAUAUGGGUCGCACCUUUGGACUCUCAUUUUUAUACGCUCACAUCAAAGCUACUCAAAUGAGGAAAUAUUUUUUUGUAUAGAACGAUAUGUGAUCAUCUUGGAUCAAUAACACGGUGUUUAAGAUCGAGAGACAAGUGGCCGAGCCCAUUUAUUAGACGGCAAUUUUACUACUAAUAUACUGCGUGACCAAAA